GCAUAAAAAUACACCAUUGAACAAAAACAAAUGCAGAGAAACAGAACAAAAUUGUAGCUAAGUUUGAAUAAUAAAUCAUACCUUGCAAAACAGCUCAAAACAGUCUUUCACUUUCAAUUCAACUGCUAUCAUUUUAUAAUUCAGAAAACAUUUGAAUUUUUAUUGGCUUGAAAAACAUGGCUCACUUUCAAGUAGACAAAGAGUUUUACCAGAAGAUUGCGAACCCUGGUAUGCCUUCUCCAACUGUGAACAAAUACAGCGAACAUUGCCAAAAACAGCACAUGCCGACAAAAGUCAAAGUCAUGCCCAAAAAAAGCUUGGUCAAGGCUAUUGAGUUCGCACUUCAAAAAGGCGGAGAUAUUUCCAAGAACACUGAAAUUCUCAGAAUGUGUGAAGAGGUAGAAGUUUCGAAGUUAAAUGAGAAAAACUUCUGCUGUAUUAGUCACCGAUGGUGCACUUCAGAUGUUGAAGUGGACGCUUUUGCCGAAACGUUUUCACAAUUUCUCAAAAACACUUACUUGUGUGCUGAUGACACUUGCUUCGAAGAGAAAACGUUUUUCGAACACGCUUCAAAUUGGUGGAGUUUUGUCGGAAAACUAGUGGAAAUGAUUUUUGACGAAAACGGAAAAAAUGAAGUAUUUUUGAAGUACUUACUAGAAAGAACCACACUUUUUGGAUUCAAGGAGACUGAAAAAUCAAUGGGAUUGGAAACUGACAAUGCUGACGAUCUUCUGGAUAUGAUGUCGGCUCUCCUAGUUGGUAAGUCCAUGCUUCAGAUGGACACAUCCUCGAUCACAGAAUCCUACCUAGGAGACGAGACACUAGAAAAGAUCAAGAGAUACCUUAUCUUUGCAGUACCACAAGGCGCCAUGCCUCAAAUCAAACAACACGACAUAGCCAAACUAAUCAAAAAGAUCAAAGACCAGAAAAUAGAUUUUCAGAAGUCAAAACCUGAUCAACUUUUUGCACAGAUAUCUGAUGUCAUUAAGAAAACCUUGGACGACUUUUCGGUUGCGCAAAAGGUGAAAGACAAAGUCCACUUCCAAAGAUUCACGGAAUGCGUGAACUAUGUAGAUCAACUGAAGACGUUGAAAAAUAAGUCGAACAAGUUCAACGGACAAGAUCCGAUUGCGAUGGUGUCGCUUAUGAUGUUGCAGAAUAGUGCCUUCGAAUACUUCUGGGUAGAUGUAUUUUGCACUCCUCAACGCAAAGAGGACAUUGACGAAACUCUGAAGGCCGUGCAAGAUGGAAUGGCUGUGUUCAGCAUAGCAACUGUCAUAGUCUGUCCGCCAUUUAUGACCGACAACCUCAUUCGAUACUCAGAGGAACCAUUGGCUGGUUUAAUUGACGAAUCAGCAUUCGAUCCCCAUUUGUCAGAAUACUACAAAAAGUUCCCUUUUCUGACACUAAGCGAACGGUGCUUUCUGUUCGGCGAACCCAGUUACUUCGACCGAAUGUGGACGCUACAUGAAAUGGCGAUAGGUCACACCCUUUACUACUGGUGGCAGUACCUUUUUGGUCCCUUUUCAAAAACCCCCUCCGCUGGGGCUAAUAAGAGUCUAACCUUCCGGAUCGAUAGUAUGUUUAAUAACAACUACCGUGCAGGGCUAGACCAAUCUAGCUACGACACUACCAUGUCUCGAAGCACCGCAGUGUCGACGCUUCGACAAUUCGGACCCGGUGACGGCUUGACCACAAUGUUUCAAGUGAACUUCGCAACCAUGCAGACGGGUUUCGCAAUGGACUGGGAAAUUUUGGCCACUUCCAUUUUCAAACUGGAGCCGAACAGAGACGUGAGUGAACAGAUUCUGCAUAAGAAGCUGUCGAUGUACCAGUCUUAUUUGAUCCAAUAUAGCCCACCAGGAUCGAAGUACAGCCAUGCUUGGUUCAAAAACCCAGAGCAUGUAAACCAUAGUUUCAAGUUCAAUGAUAAGUGGGAAUUAAUUGCGGGAUGUGUCGAGAACCCUUCCAAAUUCAACCCCAAUACGAUAAAAUUCAAAGCUAUUAGCGGAGGCGACGCUACACUUGGAAGCGAGACUGUACUGAAAAAGUGCAGCGUCUAUUCCAUCAAAGAGAUUAGUUACGAGGGACUGUUUAGUCCAACGAGCCAGUAUACGUUGUACCACAUGAUAGGUCCUAGGAAAAGUGAUCUUGAAAAAGAGUUAUCUAGCGGAUAUCUCAUCAUAGGAGAGUGGUCUCUCCCUCCAAAACUGGCAGAAGUUAGGAAAGAGACUGUUAAAAUUAUAAAAGAAAACACGCCAAAGCAACAAGAUAAAAACAUGAAGAAGUCGUACCAGAUGAUGUUCGAUUAUCUGACGCCAAAACAGAAUGUGAUGAUGGUGAAGUCGGCAAAUCCGAAAUACGAUUUCAUGCUCGUGUUCGGAGUGAUUCCGAACCAAAUGGAUAGCUUCACUGUGACGCAACCUGGCAAUGAGAAGGCUGCGGGCAACAAGAAAAUCAAACAAGUCGAAUUUAUGAUGAGUUAGAUUUAUAUCAAACUUACCAAGCACUGUCUUUUAAUAAAAAUUGCACUUGCUAUUGUUGUAACUCAAAUUAAUUUUUAAAAUUGUUCCGA